CCAUGCUUGGCUUAGUCAUCGAAUGCCCCGCCACCCCACCAGGCGCAUUCUCCCUUCUGGAGGAGUGACAUACCAAUAUUCACCGCUUGACUACCUAGACGCCCUAUCCCCGGAAAGCCCCUGGAAGGCGUCAAACCUUCUUACGCGUCCUGGUACGUGUUGUUACUGCGUAAGGUGCUUGCGUACAUAGGUAGUGUACGAUGUGAAUAACCUCCCUUUUGACAUUUUUCUUCUUCUUGUCCUUCGAUACCCCAGUCAUUUGUGACUUCAGUCGGCAUUUCUUCCCUCUCUUUCUUUCGGCGAUACGGGUCGCAUCCAUCCCUCCUCUCUCUGUCGACGACAGGUUACUAAGCCAAGAUGCCUGAACACGACGCGCUCGUCCUCAGCUUCUCGCACUUAGCGGAGUUCCCACGCGCAAGCGAAGCUCUUCAAACGCUGAAAAAAGUGGCUUCUCUGGUCAAGCCCAUUAUGCGGGUGCGAGGCUGGAAGGUGCGAGAGCUCGCUGAGUUCUACCCAGAUCAAGCAAAUCUUCUUGGUCUGAACAUCAACAGAGGCCAGAGGAUUCUGGUCCGACUACGAUACCCUAGUGACCGAUCACUCUUCCUACCGAUAGAACAGGUAGUUGACACGAUGCUUCACGAGCUAUCCCACAUCGUUUUCGGACCUCACGAUGGCAACUUCCAUGCGCUCUGGAACCAACUACGAGACGAACACGAGGCACUUAUACGCAAGGGAUACACCGGCGAAGGCUUCCUCUCAGAAGGACAACGGUUGGGAGGGGGCCGGAUACCCAUGCACGAGGCUCGCCGACUAGCUCGGGCAGCAGCUGAGAAGCGACGCUCGCUGACGGCUGGUUCAGGGCGGAGACUCGGUGGUUCUGGGCCUAGCCUCGGCUCGGACAUCCGGCGAACAAUUGUUGGCGCUAUCGAACGGAGGAAUAGCACUCUCCAGGGAUGUGGCAACACCAAUCACAACGACAGGGAGAUCCAACAGAUCUCCGAGACAGCAACGAGAAACGGCUUCCGUACCCAGGCCGAGGAGGAUGCCGCCAACGAGGCCGCCAUCGCGCAGGCGCUCUGGGAACUGGUGCAAGAAGAGGAGCGUCAGCGCUACGGCGGUUACUACAUCCCGCCGAGCGCACAGAACCCCACCGGUAACGGCGGCGGUUCAGUCAUGGGAGACCACGGUGACCACGGUGACCACGUAGCCAGAAGCACAAGCGUUCCUCCUCCGAUCCCAGGGCCGGCAACAAGGCCUCCGCCGGUGCCGAGUCCUGAUACUCGGCCGCCAAUCGUUCCUGCACCACCAUCACAGUCACAGUCGGCGCCGCAGCGCGGUUGGACAUGCGGGGUAUGCACUCUUCACAACCCCUCAACAUUCCUCUGCUGUGACGCGUGUGGGACAGAACGCGGCCAAGAUCCUCAACGUAAGGUGUGGACACCAAAUGCCGAAAAGCGCGAACGCCAGCGGGCAUCGGCAGCCGCAACGGCGAGAACUCCAACAGAGCCGGAGACAAUCGACCUCACGAGCAGUUCGCCGAGGAGGUCGAACAGGACCGGCAGGGUAAACGUCGAUACCCCACCCGUACCAGGUUCAGUUGUACAUGCAGCGCCAAUUUGGCAAUGUUCGUUCUGUGGAACCAUCAUGCAACGACAGUGGUGGACGUGUUCAACCUGUGGGGUGAUGAAGGACGAUUCAGCCUGAUGAAAGAGCGGGGAUGUCGGAGGAAGCGAGGUCUGAGGAGAAGGGGUCCUCCUCCUGUUCCUCUGGAUCCUUCAGGGUCCAAAUGACGAAAUCGCCGAUAGAUACCCUUGCGAUUCGAACGAGGUCGAAGAGCCUGUAGUACAUAUGCUGCAUACCUGUUGUCUUUCUGUUGGCCAGUGUAAGAGACACAGGACUGUGUGGCACCCUCGGGCCGAAAUGACAUAAGAAUCGGGGCGACUUGAGAGACGCUGCUCUUGUAACCUGGUGCUAUGCUGACAAGGACGCCUCAAUGGAAGAAC